CAGUCCAAAGAUAGAAUUUGAUGAUUUCAAGUUGAGAGGUGAAAUUCCUGCGAAGGAGAAGCACUGUAAGUGCAAACAGUCGAGCUGUGUAAAGAUGUACUGCUUGUGUUUUGCAUCCGGCAAGUACUGUGAUGGAUGCAGUUGCUCCAAUUGCCAGAAUACUUUUGAAAAUGAGGAAGUACGGCAGGCUUCUAUUGGACUCAUUUUACAGCGUAAUCAGAAGGCUUUCAGGACAAUGGUUGUUAGUAGUCCAGAGUGUUCUCAGGACAGUGAGAAUGGAAGAAAAAAUGCUUUAAUUUUGGUCAGGUACAUAGGCUGCUGCUGCAAGAGAUCACGGUGCAUUCAGGGGUACUGUGAGUGCUAUCGUGCUAAUAUCAUUUGUUCCAAAAAUUGCAAAUGCGAGAACUGCAAGAAUUCUAGAGCAUAUGAAGAAAUAAGCUCAAAAGAAUCAAAAAAGUUCGAAGGCCAUGAGAACUUUCUUGAUUCACAUAAGAAGGAGCAGCUCGACUGUAUGCUUCCACAAAGUUGGCCGAUUUUUAGAGAAGCAGCACAAGGUCCUUUGAACUUCCGCUUCAGAUCCUUGUUGGCUGAAAUCAUUCAGCUGCAAAACUUGAUGGAGUUUUGUGAAUUAUUGAUCGUAACAUCAAAAGCUGUUAAUAGCCUUUCAGACAAAGGAAAUCCUCUCAAUUUGGAAAACCUGAGUCACGAACAGAUAGUGAACAGUUCUUCUGCGCAAAUGGAGAGCCAGGAUGAACGAUCUGAGAAUCAGGGAUCUAAGCAGGACAACAAUGCAAGUCUAGCUCAGAUUGACGUGCGCUGCCAAGAUUCCACCUCUAAUGCUAUCAUACUGACAGAGAGGCCAAGGUCACCAGAAACUCUUCACUUGAUGCGCAACGAGAAAGACAUGUCGUUGUAUCCAGAUGCUUCAUCCGAUGUGGCUUUAAAUCAGGGCUGCUAUUUAGAUGUUUACAUCGAGCAGGAGAAAGUUGUACUCGUAAAACUCCGGGAUUUCCUUAACAGCCUCAUCACUAGUGGAAAAGCAAAAGAUUCUGAGUUGUUAGCAGGAGCCAAAAAAGCGAAUGGAAGGGAAAAAUUUUAUCCGCAAUUUUGUGAUCUAGAAUCAGAAAUGGAGAAACAUGAAGAAGUGGUUCAAAGCUUACAGCAUAAGACUUGGUAAAUUCCCCAAUUUCUGAAGCAUCCAGUGCCAAUUUUAAAAAUCUGAAAUGGGAGC